ACCCCCGCAGCUCUCCGGACCCCGGACCAGGACCCAGACCCCCCCGGACCCCCCCGGACCCGGACCCGGAACCCCCCGGACCCCGCAGCAUGCAGCUCGCGGACGAGCGGAUCCGCCGCCUGCUGCAGCGCCACUGGCGGCAGACCCUGACCUACUGGAGCGUGUUCUUCAGCUUCGGCCUGUGCGUCGCCUUCCUGGGGCCCACCAUCCUGGACCUGCGCUGCCAGACCCGGACCAGCCUGCAGCAGAUCACCUGGGUCUUCUUCUCCCAGCAGCUCUUCCUGCUGCUGGGCAGCAGCGUCGGGGGCCUCUUCCACAGGACCCUCCUGUCGUCUCUGUUGGCCCUCUUCUUCUGCACCUUCAUCAUCUCGCUGGUGUUUGCCGUCAUCCCGCUGUGCCACGACGUGAUGCUGUUGUCCGUCGCCAUGGCGCUGGCCGGGAAGGCCAUGGGGGUGAUCGACACCAUCGCCAAUGUGGAGCUGGUGAAGCUUUACCAGAAAGACGCCGCCAUUUUUCUCCAGGCCUUGCAUUGCUUCAUCGGCCUGGGGGCUCUGGUCAGCCCCCUGGUGGCGGAGCCCUUCCUGGCAGAAGACAGCUGUGUCCUGGGGGCCAACUGGACGGCGGACCCGUCCCCCUCCUCCGACCUGGACCACCUCCGGAGCAGCCUGGUGGGACAGGGAGCGACGCUGCACAACAUCUCCCAGUAUCCUCUGCACACCAGCGGCGUGGUGGUCACCAGGGUGUCGUACGCCUUCUGGAUCAUGGCGCUGAUCAACCUUCCUGUCCCCGCCGCAGUCUUGGCCUUGAUGCACCGCGAGAGGCUGCUGCCUUGGUCCCACAAGAGUCCCCGUCUGCUCAACCACGACGUCCAGCCGGGCUCCAGCCCCCCGGAGGGCGGCGGUCCAGGACACGGCGCCGUGUUGGGCUGCUGUCACCCCGCAGAGCUCCGAGGACGCUCCGCCUCUUUCUUCAUCCUCCACCUUCUGGGUGGAGCCAUCCUCUUCCUCACCGACGGGAUCAUAGGCGCCUACGCCGGCUUCGUCUACACCUACGCCGUCUCCCCCCCUCUGCUGAUGGGCCGGAAGACGGCCGGCUGUCUGGACAGCGUGUUCUGGGCGUCCGUCACCGCCGGGAGACUGGCCUCCGUCUACCUGUCCUACAGAUUCCCGCCUCCCAGGCUGCUCGCCGCCAGUCUGGUCGGUGUCACACUGGUUCACUGCCUCCUGCUGACCUUCUACACCAGCAGUGUGUUCCUCUUCGUCGGGACGUGUGUGUUGGGUGUGUGUAUCAGCAGUGUGUUUCCCUCCAUGUUGGCCUUCACCGAGGACAUAUUGAACUACCAGGGCUGUGCCACCACCGUCCUGGUGACCAGCGCCGGCACAGGAGAGAUGACUCUGCAGCUGCUCGUCGGCUCGGUGAUCCACAGCUGGGGCAGCUACUCCUUCCCGCUGUGCUGCACCGUCUCGUCCGUCCUGGCCUCCGUCCUCUUCCUGCUGUUCCUCUACGCCGAGCGAGUCCACAGGAAGCAGCUCCCAGACUCGUCUCAGGGAACGGCCAUGACAGAGAAACCGCCGAGCGGCUCCUGACCACGCAGGGAAACCCCAGCGAGAAGCUUCACCUCCAAAUCACACAGAACAAACUGAGCUCUCCAGGACCACUCGCUGCUGGCAGUGUGUGUGUGUGUGUGUGUGUGAGAGAGAGAGACAUAGAGACAUGAAGGGCACUGGCAGGCACUGGUGCUUACAGUUAGAGAUCUUUUAUUGUUGGUCUCAACGAACUCUUCCACCUCUCGCACAUCGAUACGCCACUUAAGACAAGCAGCUUGUAAACAUUUGGAAAAAAGCGUCAAACAAAUGGAGAAAACGGACAGAACAAAGCAAAGAACCACGUCGAUCCAUUCCAAAGGUUUCUUUUUUCUUUUUUAACACGAGAAGGUACAGUAGAAGAGAAACAGCAUCAGGAAACAGAAUAGUCGGUUGAAGAGUCGGCGACGUGAGGUUCGGUUAAAAAAACAAGACUAGUUCGAAAGCAAGAGUCAAGUUUGGUCAAAUCUGCAGUUCCCUGAUUUUCCCGACGCUGGAGAGAAGUGCUUCUGGUUUUAGUUCAGAAAGGGAUUUCAUCAAAACACACUGCUGGCUGUUCGGUGCGAAAAGGCUCAUGUUCCAGUAGGAGAAAACAUGACUUAUUUUACAUUUUCAAUCAAACUUUACAAGAUUAUAAAAAGAUGAUUCAUUCAUUCUGACAUCAAAUCCUCCUCCUGUACCAUUAAACUAUUUUAUGAUACCA